AUGGGUCACACAGUGAGGUGGCUGAUCAGAGCCUCAACCGCUCAUCUGAAAUUCAAUCCCAGGAUCGAUAUCGUCGAGAAGGCUGCCGAACAACGCCGUGACCGCCCACUGACUACCGAACCAUCAACGGAACCAUCCUCUGCGACAACUCCACCGUCUCCCAUCGCUCCUUUUCCCGCCAUCCCAAUAAUACAUCAUCUUCCCACCCUUUACAACCUUUCUCAGCUUGGGGGUCGAGCAACCGACAAGCUGAAUAAGCUCCAACGACGCAACAAAGCUCCUAUCGGCAGUUUCUCCAACUCCGAUGCAAGGUUCAAGUACAUCCACUUGAACUCUGUAGACCCCCUGCCUCUGUCUAUUGGCCGCUUCUAUCUCCUCAAUUGCGUGGAUGGAUUCAGUCAGUGGCCGGGGGCUACCCCUUUGCCCGAUGUUGCUGCUUCAACAGUGGACAAGGUUUUCCUCAGUCGCUGGGUUGCCAUCUUUAACACUCCCUCCACCACCACGAAAGACCGUGGUGCCCAGUUUGAAUCUAACCUUUUCCAGUCUCACAUCCCCUUUUUAGGCUUUUCUCGCAUCCGAACUGCAGCUUAUAAUCAGAUUGUCAAAGGAAAUGGCUGGGUAUUUUCACUGCUAGUUAAAGACUCCUCUAGUCGCCGGGGCCGAUCCGAAGAACUGGACAGACCAUCUUCCUUUGGUCCCGUUGGAUAUCCGUUCCUCACUCAAGUUGGACCUUGA